UGAACGACGGUUGUGUGGCGGACUAAAACAGGACCAAAGGACCCCACGGAAUCGGGCUGAAGAAAUCAUUUCAAUCCGCAUACAACUCAGUUCGAAAUUGGUACUUUUUAAAAAAUUGACCGGCAAUAAAAAAUUUUUUCUUUAUUUUUUAAUGUGUCUUAAGAAAUGAACAAAAAUUUAUCAUUGAAAUAAAACCCAACAAAGGGGAAAAAACAACAAACAAUUAUUAAAACAGAUUUGAAGUGUGAGAGAACCCGGUUUAAGAAGGUUUAUUGUUAAAAAGUCUCGGCCAAGUGUUUUCCGGUUUUUGCCUUUCCUUUUUUAAAUUUUUUCCCGCUGUCCAGCGACUUCAAGGAAUUGAAUCAGAUACACGUUUCUCAUUUGGUGCCUGGAAACUCGGAAUUCGAAUUAAAGGCUGAGUGCGGGAAACUAAACUAAUUUUUCUGGGCGGUAUAACUCACGGAUAUGCAAAUGCCAAGGUGGGCGUGGCCGGGGGCGUGCCGAAACAAGCAAAUGGGAAACGCCAAACAAUAGAAGCAGAGAGACAACCAAUUUAAAAGGACCUACUUAAUCGAAUUAGAUAUAUACCAACAGAUAAUUAUAUACAUAAUAUAUUCUAGUAUAUAUAUGCAUAUGCCUAGCAAGAUGACCGGCCAUCGGUUGGCGGCCCUUUUGUUGGCCAUGCUAAUUAGCAGUUGGCCAAAAGCCUCAUUGGCCGCCACUGGAAACAGUAGUAUUGUUAAUUCUACCAACAAUUAUGCAUUCACAUCGGAGCACCCGGAAUACUCGGACAGCAAUGCCAACGAUUCUAUGGAAUACGAUGCGGAGAGUGUGGCCCUCGAACGGAUCGUAUCGACUAUAGUUCCGGUCUUCUUUGGCAUUAUCGGAUUCGCCGGACUCCUUGGAAACGGACUUGUUAUACUGGUGGUUGUGGCCAACCAGCAGAUGCGCUCGACCACCAACCUGCUGAUUAUCAACCUGGCCGUGUCGGACAUUUUGUUCGUCAUCUUCUGCGUACCGUUCACGGCCACCGAUUACGUGCUGCCCGAAUGGCCGUUUGGCAAUGUGUGGUGCAAGUUCGUCCAGUACAUGAUUGUGGUUACGUGCCACUGCAGUGUUUACACCCUGGUGCUGAUGUCCUUUGAUCGCUUCCUGGCCGUCGUUCAUCCCGUGACGAGCAUGUCCCUGCGAACCGAGCGCAAUGCCACACUGGCCAUCAUGUGCGCCUGGAUAACGAUUGUGACGACUGCGAUUCCGGUGGCACUUUCGCACUCGGUGCGAAACUAUCAGUACCACGGAAAUGCUGGCACCGCUUGCGUCUUUUCCACGGAGGAGGAGGUCUGGAGUCUCGUCGGUUUUCAGGUCUCAUUCUUUUUAUCAUCCUAUGUGGCACCUUUGACUCUGAUUUGCUUCCUCUACAUGGGAAUGCUGGCUCGCCUGUGGAAAAGUGCUCCCGGCUGCAAGCCUUCUGCAGAGUCACGGAAGGGAAAACGACGCGUCACCCGAAUGGUUGUUGUUGUCGUAUUGGCAUUUGCCAUCUGCUGGCUCCCCAUUCAUGUCAUUCUUGUGCUGAAGGCUCUGAAUCUUUAUGGCGGCAGUCACCUGUCGGUCAUCAUCCAGAUUAUUUCUCAUGUGGUGGCCUACACAAAUUCAUGCAUCAAUCCCAUACUAUAUGCCUUCCUGUCCGACAACUUUCGCAAGGCAUUCCGCAAGGUGGUUUGGUGUGGCAGCCCGCCUCCUUUGAUGACCAAUCAACAGGUGACCAAGACCACGCGAACUGCAACCGGCAACGGAACGUCCAAUAUUGAAAUGCUCUAAGCGGCUCAUGAGAUUGAAUGAAUUGGGAUCGUCACAUCAGUUUUGAAGGCGACUUUCAAACCCAAGAUAGAAAAUGUGAAUUUAAAGCUAAUGAAGAAUACAAAACACUAAUCUUAAAAGAAAAAUGUAAACGCGGCGCAUAUAAGUUAACUAUCUACAUAUACUAACCAAUAUACGUCUAUUAGGAGAAUAUAAUUUUCCGAAUUAUAAAAUGUGAUUAUUUUAAUUACUCUUUUUUUUUCCUUAACAAGAAAUCAAAAAUAAAGUUAUUUUUAAAUUUUUCAUUGUUGAAUUGAUUUAUGUAAUUGAUAUUUAACUCUAUAGACGCCCUUUGCAAUUUAUUUGAGACGUAGAAAGUUAAGCGAAAAAUGAAUAGACUUAAGACUAAAACAUACAAUUUAAUUUUAUAAAAAAAUACCUACAAUUUAAUUGUUCGAAAUGAAAUUUGGCAUCUGAAAUACUGGAAAUGGCAAACCAAAAAAAAAUCUGAAACAGAUAUGCGGUAAAUUCCGAGUGACAGAAAUUUAUGAGAGUUGACAUUAAAAUUAAUGAGUAGGAUUAAUGGACAGCGGAAUUUCUGUAACAAUGUGUAGAUUUCUGUGUAAUUUGCAUGUGUGUCAUUUAGUAAUUAAGCGUUUAAAUGGAAAAAUGCAUAAUUGAAAAGUAAGUUAUUAUAAAAUUACACGACCAGAUUGAACUAAAGAGAUUUACCGGUAGGGACUUUGGAAUUUACAAAAACGAUUUUCGAAAGUUGAUUGUUUUUUGCUUUGCGUAUUGAAAUAUAUGUAUAUUGUAUGGCCAAGUAGCACAAAAAUAACUGAAAUUUGUAUUACACUCAAGACAAACUUUAUAUUAAGAGAGCUGAAAUUUUAGAUGAAGAUUAAAGUUUCAGUAAUUUAUAUUCGAUUUAAGGGCUUAAGAUGUCAGUAGUUCUACAUUUUGCAACUAGCAAAGCUCAAUUUGAAUAUAAAUAAGCCCCAAUAAUCCCUUCAUCUUUUUUCUUUAUGCAAAUGAAAUCAAUCUAGAUUUGAUUCAACAAUAAAAAAACAGAUAUACAAUGUUUUCGUCUGCAUAAAUUAUAGACCCUUCGAAUCAAAGAAACAUUAGUCCCCACCAUUUCCUAAUAGAUUUAAUUAAUUCAUAAAUUAGCCGAUUGUUGACCAUGCGAAUUGCUUUAGUUAUGACAUAAGUUUAUCAUGUAAAUUACAAUUAAAUUUUCAUAACAAUACUUAUACACAUUUGACCUUUAAAUAAGUCAAAUCGAUUAAACAUUUAGAUUGUUUUGUGGACUCUUUCGUUUGCAUGGCUUCGGCCUUGCCGAAUUAAAAUGUAACACAAAAAAAACGUAAAAACUAAAUAAUUAUAAAACUAGAUAUAUAAAAAAAUGGGAGUAAGUGUUCUUGGUUGACAUUUUUGUUUUUGCUGACUUAAAAGCUGAAAUAUUUCAGCACAAAAGUAAUUUUUUGGUAUUCACACAUUGAUCCAAGUUACCAUUUAAAAAAAUAAAACAAAUUUAAAAUUAUUUUGAAUAAAAUUGAAAAUAAGUUUAAGCUUAGAUAUAAAUAAAGCUAUUAAGAACACCUACUCCCCUUUAAGUAUACCACAGUAUUUAACCUAAGAAAACUAUUGUAUCUAUUAUAUCAAAAAGAUGUAAACAUAUAUGGCAACAUAAAUGCAUAUUUAUGUAUUUAUAUUUGUAUUUGUAAAUGUAUUCUACUGCAUUCCUAGCACAGUUGUGGAAUUGAACAAUAUUUGAAUUUAAAAAUGGAAGCAGCCGAAGAAGAGAAGCAAAAUUGAAAAUUAAAAAAUUUAAAUAUUCUAGAAUUUAAGCUGAGAAUUAAAGAAUUUUUUUUUUGUGUGGCCCGUGGGGUAUACGCUAGUCGCCUAGCCUCACACAAUUUAGAACAAACCUAGCGAGUAAAAAAUUCAUUACGGAAUAAACUCAUUUCAUUUUUUGAUUUUUAAAUAUGCAGCAAAUAGUUUUAUAGCGUAAGUUGAAAAGCAGAACUUAUUGUAUUUGUAUAUGAAUGUAUAUGUACAAUUAAAUUUGUUCAAUGUGUUAAAUAAAAUUGAUGGCUCUGUGUACACAA